AUGACAAACACUGGCGACAAGUUUUCCGUKAAGUUAGACGUUAGUCAUUUCAAACCCGAAGAAAUUAAAGUCAAGACUAUUGGCAAUUGUGUUGAAAUUCAUGGUAAACACGAAGAAAGAAGUGAUAGUCACGGAUGGAUUGCACGAGAGUUCACCCGACGGUAUGUUUUGCCCGAUGGAUGCAAAGCCGAGGAAGUAAUGUCGAGUCUUAAGCCGAAUGGUGUGCUGACUAUUGAGGCUAAGAAAGAACAGUUGCCACCAAUCAGUGGUGUUGAACGUGUGGUUCCCAUCGCUAUCACCGAAGGAGACAAACAAAAAACUUUUUGUUAA